AUGUCUUCGCUGGUGAUCAGCGAUACGGCGGACAAUAGGGUCGAGACGUGUAGUGGCGGCGAACACAAGAGGAUUGUCAUCGCCUGUGAACUCACGGCUCAUAUAAAGCCUAAUAUGCUAUGUAUUGACGAACCGACCUCUGGUUUGGACAGUAGUGCCGCUCUAGUGGUGAUUAACUGUUUAAAAGUGUUGUCCCGAAGACAUGGGAUGACUAUCAUUGCAUCCAUUCAUCAGCCGAACAACGAUUUGUUUCACAUGUUUGACAACAUCUAUGUGUUGGCCAAAGGAGGCCAUUGUCUCUACGAUGGAGUUCCCCAUCAAUUGAGACAACAUCUCAUUGAUUGCGACAUAACUGUUGACAACAUCUAUGUGUUGGCCAAAGGAGGCCAUUGUCUCUUCGAUGGAGUUCCCCAUCAAUUGAGACAACAUCUCAUUGAUUGCGACAUAACUGUCGGCGAUAAUGAAGUGCCGAUUGAAGUGUUGUUGAAAAUGGCAUCAAAAGACAAUACAAACAAUAGUUCACAGGAAUUUUCCCUGACCUACACAUUCCGGUGCCAGUGGUUGUCCCUCUUGUUGCUGUUCUCAACGUUUCAAAUGUUGGCGCUUAUCAUGAAAUCGCAUUACCCGGCCAAUAUGAUAGAGCCGGACAGUUGUAUGGAACUGGAGUUCGGCGCCGACUGUAACCAAACAGAGGUUGAUAUUGAAGAGACGUCGCUAAUCAAGCAAAAUAUUAAAUACAACGUAUCCAUGUUAACGUGCUUUGGGUUUAUAGUAGCCAUUGUAAUGCUGGUAUAG